CAGGUGAUCUGUCCUGACCCGUGGAGAAGUGGAGCACGAGAUGAAGCAACGUCAGACGGCCGCAAGAAGGGAGAGAACAAGCUGCUCACCACUCGUCAGCGAUACUCUCCCUAUGGAGGACGCGCAGCCCUCGGAGUGAACCAGAAGUGUCAGGUCUGCUUCCGCCAGCUUCCAUCAGGGGGUAAAUGGUGCCAGGAGUGCGCGCACAAUCGCGGCAUCUGCUAUAUCUGUGGGAAGCAGAUUCUUGAUACUUCCAUGUACACUCACCACGACAACCCCUACGUCGAGCGAGGGUUCGGCAAACCAACAACAAAGAAAGAAUUCAUUCCAACUCUUCCCACAGUAUCUGCAGUUGAGCUCAAAUCUUCCUCUCAUGGCAAGGAAUCAGGUCAAAGUCCCCAAGAAGAAAGAUGA